AACUGAUUAAAAUUUGUUUACUAACGUUUUCUGUUUUCUUCUUUCAUCUUUAUUUGCAGCUUGGUCAUUGUGCCGAUUUAGAAAUAAGCAUACCCAAUAAUCAGGGUAUAGACGGUGCCUUUUACCGUCUAGACUAUAGUCCGCCAUAUGGUUAUCCGGAACCAAAUACAACAAUUGCCUCCAAUGAAAUUGGUGAUGAAAUACAAUUUUCGCGUGCUUUACCCGGUACGAAAUACACAUUCUGGCUGUACUAUACCAAUGGUACACAUCGCGAUUGGCCAACAUGGACAGUGUCCAUAACUACAGCACCCGAUCCACCCUCCAACCUAUCCGUACAGGUGCGUAGCAGUAAAAAUGCCAUAAUACAAUGGUCACCGCCGUUACAGGGCAAUUAUACAGCAUUUAAAAUUAAGGUCUUGGGCCUAUCGGAAGCUUCCAGUUCAUAUAAUCGAGUAUUCAAUGUCAAUGAUUCAACAUUCCAACAUAGUGCUAAAGAGCUGACACCGGGUGCCACAUAUCAGGUGCAGGCCUAUACCAUAUACGAUGGCAAAGAAUCGGUGGCCUAUACAAGUCGUAAUUUUACCACAAAACCCAAUACACCGGGUAAAUUCAUUGUAUGGUUUCGUAAUGAAACCACUUUAUUGGUCCUUUGGCAGCCACCAUAUCCUGCCGGCAUUUAUACACAUUACAAAGUCUCGAUAGAGCCACCAGAUGCGCUGGAAAGUGUUUUGUAUGUGGAAAAGGAGGGUGAACCACCGGGACCAGCACAGGCGGCAUUUAAGGGUUUAGUUCCAGGCCGGGCAUAUAAUAUAUCGGUACAAACCAUGUCGGAGGAUGAGAUAUCUCUACCCACCACCGCGCAAUAUCGUACAGUACCGUUACGACCAUUAAAUGUAACAUUUGACAAAGACUAUAUAACGUCGAAUUCAUUUCGAGUGUUGUGGGAGGCCCCCAAAGGUGUAUCCGAGUUUGAUAAGUAUCAGGUAUCCUUAGCCACCUCUAGACGACAGUCAACAGUGCCACGUACCGAUGAUCCUAUAGCCUAUUUUGAUUUCCGUGAUAUACCAGAACCGGGAAAGACAUUCAAUGUUAUUGUCAAAACCGUCUCGGGCAAGGUAACAUCAUGGCCCGCCACCGGCGAUGUAACACUGAGACCCUUGCCAGUACGAAAUUUGCGAUCAUUCAAUGAUGAUUCUAGCAAUAGCAUGAUUAUAACUUGGGAACCUGAUCCAACAUCGACCCAAGAUGAAUACCGUAUUGUCUAUCAUGAAUUGGAGACGUUUAAUGGUGACACCAGUACCCUAUCCACUGAUCGCACACGUUUCAAUUUGGAAAGUCUUUUGCCAGGACGUAACUAUUCGGUGUCCGUACAGGCUCUGUCAAAGAAAAUGGAAUCCAAUGAAACAACAAUAUUUGUGGUAACACGGCCAUCCUCACCCAUUAUUGAAGAUUUGAAGAGCAUUAAAAUGGGACUCAACAUCAGCUGGAAGAGUGAUGUCAAUUCCAAGCAGGAACAAUAUGAAGUACUGUACUCACGUAAUGGUACCUCUGAGGUUAGGACAGUUUUUACAAAGGAAUCACGAUUGGUAAUUAAAAAUCUACACCCAGGAGCUGGUUAUGAAGUCAAGGUCUUCGCUGUCAGUCAUGGUUUGAGAAGUGAACCACAUUCCUAUUUCCAGGCAGUUUAUCCCAAUCCGCCACGUAAUUUAACCAUUGAAACUGUACGCAGCAAUUCCGUGUUGGCCCAUUGGGCUCCUCCGGAAAAUAGUGAUUUCACUGAAUACAACAUACGCUAUCGCACUGAAAGUGAACAACAAUGGGUACGUUUGCCCAGUGUACGCUCCACUGAGGCCGAUAUUACCGACAUGACCAAGGGUGAAAAGUACACCAUUCAAGUGAAUAGUGUAAGCUUUGGUGUAGAAAGUCCCAAUCCCCAAGAGGUUAACACCACAGUACCACCCAAUCCUGUCUCGAAUAUAAUUCCCUUGGUAGAUUCACGUAAUAUUACCUUGGAAUGGCCCAAACCAGAGGGCCGCGUUGAGUCGUACAUUCUUAAAUGGUGGCCCACAGACAAUCCAUCGAAAACCCAAACGAAAAAUGUUUCCGAAAAUAAAUCAACCGAUGACAUUUCCACAGUUCGAGUACUUAUUGGCGAUCUGAUGCCGGGUGUGCAAUAUAAAUUUGAUAUACAAACUACAUCGUAUGGUAUAUUCUCCGGCACCACCCACCUUUCAACACGCACAAUGCCUUUGAUACAAUCCGAAGUGGUGGUGGUCAAUGAUAAACAAGAAGAUGAACGUGACACAAUUACCCUGUCCUAUACACCCACUCCUCAGUCAUCAUCGAAAUUCGAUAUCUAUCGCUUCUCUUUGGGUGAUCCUGAAAUCAAGGAUAAAGAAAAACUUGCCAAUGAUACUGAUCGCAAGGUUACCUUUACCGGUUUGGUACCAGGUCGUCUAUAUAACAUCACUGUUUGGACUGUUAGCGGUGGUGUUUCCAGUCUACCCAUACAGAGACAAGAUCGCCUAUUCCCCGAACCCAUCACCCAACUACAUGCCACCAAUAUAACCGAUACUGAAAUCUCUCUGAAAUGGGAUAUGCCCAAGGGUGAAUUCAAUGAUUUCGAUGUACAAUAUCUGACCGCCGACAAUAUACUCGCACAAAAUAUAACAACACGCAAUGAAAUCACCAUAACCGAUUUAAAGCCGCAUCGCAAUUAUACAUUUACAGUGGUUGUACGUUCCGGUACCGAAUCAUCGGUAUUGCGAAGUAGUUCUCCUCUGUCGGCCAGUUUUAGUACCAAUGAAGCGGUACCAGGCCGUGUGGAAAGAUUCCAUCCGAUAAAUGUGGAACCCAGUGAAAUACUGUUUGAAUGGUUACUGCCACAAAGUGAAGCUAAUGGCAUCAUCCGACAAUUCUCCAUAACCUAUAUGAAUAUAAAUAAUGCUACAGAGAGGAAAACGGUUGAUUUUGAUUCAUCCGAAUCGACGGGUUCGAUAAAGAGUUUGAAACCCGGAGAGACUUAUGUUUUUAAAAUACAAGCUAAAACCUCAAUUGGUUAUGGACCGGAAAGGGAAUAUAAACAGACAAUGCCGAUUUUGGCACCACCCAAACCCGCAACACAAGUUGUACCCACCGAAGUUUAUCGCAGUUCAUCGACCAUACAAAUACGUUUCCGUAAAAAUUAUUUCUCCGAUCAGAAUGGUGUGGUUCGCAUGUACACAAUUAUUGUGGCCGAAGAUGAUAGUAAGAAUGCAUCCGGCUUGGAAAUGCCCAGCUGGCAUGAUGUUCAAUCGUAUAGUGUUUGGUUGCCAUAUCAAGCUGUAGAACCCUAUUAUCCAUUUGAAAAUAGUUCUGUGGAAGAUUUUACCAUUGGCACUGAAAACUGUGAUAAUCGUAAGAGUGGCUAUUGUAAUGGACCGCUGAAAUCGGGUACCACAUAUCGUGUAAAAGUUCGUGCCUUCACUGCACCAGACAAGUUCACCGAUACCGCCUACAGUUUCCCCAUACAAACAGAUCAAGACAACACAUCAUUGAUUGUUGCCGUUACUGUGCCAUUGACAAUAAUUUUAAUAUUACUGGUUACCUUGGUGUUCUAUAAGAGACGUCGCAAUAAUUGCCGUAAAACCACCAAGGAUUCUCGUGCCAAUGACAAUAUGUCCCUGCCGGAUAGUGUAAUUGAACAAAAUCGCCCGGUGCCAAUUAAAAACUUUGCCGAACAUUAUCGUAUGAUGUCAGCCGAUUCCGAUUUCCGUUUCAGCGAAGAAUUUGAUGAGCUGAAACAUGUGGGUCGUGAUCAGCCAUGUACAUUUGCCGAUUUACCAUGUAAUCGCCCGAAAAAUCGUUUUACGAAUAUUUUACCCUAUGAUCAUUCACGUUUCAAAUUACAACCGGUCGAUGAUGAUGAGGGUUCAGAUUACAUAAAUGCCAAUUAUGUACCCGGUCAUAAUAGUCCGCGUGAAUUUAUUGUUACCCAGGGUCCACUGCAUUCAACACGUGAUGAUUUCUGGCGUAUGUGCUGGGAAAGUAAUUCACGGGCAAUUGUCAUGCUGACAAGGUGUUUUGAAAAGGGCCGUGAAAAAUGUGAUCAAUAUUGGCCAAAUGAUACCGUACCAGUAUUCUAUGGUGAUAUCAAGGUGCAAAUAUUAAAUGACAGUCAUUAUCCAGAUUGGAUUAUGACCGAGUUUAUGGUGUGCAGGGGAAGUGAACAACGUAUUAUACGCCAUUUCCACUUUACAACAUGGCCUGAUUUUGGUGUGCCAAAUCCACCUCAAACUCUUGUGCGUUUUGUUAGAGCAUUCCGUGAUCGCAUUGGCACCGACCAGCGACCCAUUGUUGUACACUGUAGUGCUGGUGUUGGUCGUUCGGGUACAUUUAUAACAUUGGAUCGUAUUUUACAACAGAUAAAUACCUCUGAUUUUGUUGAUAUCUUUGGUAUUGUCUAUGCCAUGAGAAAAGAACGUGUUUGGAUGGUCCAAACGGAACAGCAAUAUAUUUGCAUCCAUCAAUGUCUUUUGGCUGUGUUAGAGGGUAAAGAAAAUAUUAUUUGUCCACCCCGUGAAAUGCACGACAAUGAGGGCUAUGAAGGACAACCUUGUCAAUUCGAUGAAAAUGGUGAAAUCAUUGCCACCAUUGAAGGUCACAAUGAAAUGCACGAUAUGAUAUUACAACCCGAAGAUGCCGAAGCCAUUGACGAUGAAAAUGCUGGCAUUAUCAAUGACGAUCAACAGCCGCUGACUAGUUUCGGCGGUGGUGCUAUACACAGUGCUUCCAUGACAUCCUUUGGCACAUCUGGCCAGGCUUAUACAAGCGAUUCUUUGGACAGAUGACAUACGGCCAAUCAGAACGAUAACAACAAUUCGGUGGUUAUCGUUCUGGUUGACAAUAAGCCUAGUUCGAUGAUCUGUAAGGAAGGUUCCAUAGAUGUCAUUAGCAUUGGUGGCGGUGGCAAUACGACCACAACCACAAGCAGUAAUAAUAGUGCCAAUUCGCAGCAGCAACUGAAUGGUAUCGGUGCUGGGGACAACAGCGGACAACACCGCGGUUCAAUAGCCACCAUAACAAAUGGUCACAAUACGUUACAACAUAGGCGCAAAUCACAAUUAAUAACAUUUAGUUCAUCUUCCUGUGAUAUUAAGAAUAGUCUUAGCCAUGAAUAUAUUAUGGUCAAUAAUAAUAAUAGUAAUGCAACUAAAAAUAAUUCCUCAACGAAUGGAAUCACUGGCAGUCACACAAUUGCCCGGGGCAGUACUGGUAGUGGUUCGCAAGCGGGCAUGGGCAGUGCCCAUAAUAAUACACGCCUCAGUUUUGCCGAGGAAGAUAUUAUGAUAAUAACCGGAGCACAUCAGCCAUCGUCUCAGACACCGCAUCAGCAACUACAACAGUCCCAAGUUCCAAAUGGUUCAAUAACCGGUUCCAAUGGCAGUGCUUGUGGCUCUGUGGAUCAUGGCAAUGAUCUAGAUGAUGAUGUAUUUCGUCGACAUUCCCUUGAGGUGGACGAAGAGGCUCAAGAUGCCCUAUAUAAUGAAGAAUAUGGUAGUACACAUAUCGAUGCCAAAUCCAAUAAUGCCAAUAACGAUGAUAGCGGUGGUGGUAGUUAUGAAGAUUCACACGCCCUGCACAGUUCCCUCGGCGGUAGUAAUCGCAAUAGUUUAGAAAAGGAUGAUGACGAAAUUGAAGUGGAUGUCAUUAGCACCGAUGCCAGUUGUUAUGAUCAGCUGUUGGGCAGUAGUUGUAAUACGCGCAACGAUGAAGAUGAAAUUGCCACCAUAGUUGGUGAUGCUGACAAUUAUACGAAACUCUCGAAACAUAAUAAUAUGAAAACGAAUGGUGUUAAUUCAUAUGGAAUAGUAAAUGGUAGUGCUGGAGGUGGAGGAGGUGUCGGUGGUGGUAGUAUUGGUGAAACUGGUGGUGGUAUUAUAUAUGCCAAUCCUUUUAUGGACGACGAAGGCAUUGCUGAAUCUGGUAUGUAA